AUGGUCGCGCCAAGGAAUACGGCUUUUGCCGAAGAGAGCGCCGAGGUAGAGGUGCUAUACGCCAACCUUGAGAAGCAGAAGCUCCUCACCAAGAAAAUUCAAGGGUCCCUCGUCCGACUUGAAACCGGAGGAAAUGUCGUGAAGCAUGCAAUUGGGCCUAUUUAUAGCAAUACGCAGUCGCUCCAAACCACAAACAGCAAUAUCGACAAGAUUAAUGAAGCCAUUGAUCGCCUUCGGCAGCCGCUCGAUGCGAAAAACCGAGAGGAGGGCAUCAUUCGCGCUGGACCGCAAACCGAGGAUUUGUCACAGUACCUGACGGCAAUGAAACGAGUGGAUCAUGCAUUGGUCGACCUGACAUCUACGAACCUGAAAUCAAAUCAAAAAGCAAUCAGCGAGUUUACGUCCCUAUUGGGUAUUGGGAAUACAAAACUUCAAGAUCUACUACGUCUCGAACUUGGCCAGCAUGUCGCUCCUAUUGAACCGUUACACUACCUGACCAAGAGUCUUCCAUUUCCUACGAUCCCGGACGAGAAGCUUGCGGAAAUAGCGCCGAUUUGUGCUGCCAUCGGCUCGGCAGCAGUUCAUACCCCGCAUCGCGGUGAAGGUGGCAGCCCUGCCCUUAAAAUCUACGCAGACAUUCGGGGUCCUUACAUUACGACAAGCACGCAGAACCUUGCCAUUGCCUCUCUCAAUACGUUGAAACGAAGAGCUGGCGAUGGGCCAUAUAAGCAAGGCACUAAUGGAAUUGGCAUUUACUCCAAUGCUUUGGAAAACUUCAUAUACGCGGAAUGGGAGUCCAUCACACAAAUUUUCACCGGCGACCAUAAAGGACUGGCACUACAAAUGACUUGCCGCGCUGCGAUGGCCGAAUAUUCAAAGACCCUUCGCGAACUCAACCACUAUAUCCGCUCCAAUCUCAUGACCGAUUGCUUCCUAGCUUUUGAGAUCAUUGAAAUCGUCACGGCCAUGUCUUACAAUGUAGAUGCAAAGACGGGUGAGCUCAAGAGCUUAUUCCUCGAAGCUUUGAGGCCUGUGCGGGAGACCGCCAAAUCGUCUCUAUCAGAGUUGCUUGAGGAGACGAAACGCAAAGCAGCCAGUAUCCCUAUGCUUCCGCCAGAUGGUGGCCCUGUACCUCUUGUGACUGAGGUUAUGAGCUCGCUCACUACACUCACCGGAUACUCUAAACCUCUUGCGUCUAUCUUGACUUCCUUGGGAGACGGGAAUUGGAGGUCAACGUCCAAUACAGCAUCUAAUACUCCGCUGGACGUUAGUCCGGACAGUUCCACACUCUUGUCACAUUUCAUCCUAGAUAUGAUCGAGGCCCUUAUGAUUUCUCUGGAGUCUCGGAGCCGGGCGUUGCACCGCACAAAGGCUGUUCAAGGCGUUUUCCUGUCCAAUGUCUUUUGCAUUGUGGAUCGCUCUAUUCGAUCGAGUCCGGAGCUAGCGAAAUACCUCGGCUCUCCAGAUAGUAUUUCGAGGAUAGAUACCUUCCGCAAACGGGCAACCUCGACGUAUCUGGAUGCUUGGAAGGAGACAUCCCAUUACCUUCUUGAUGUUCAGUACACGUCUCAGGGUAGAGGUGGGGCUCGACCACAAUCGGGCGGGGUUGUCGAUUCCAGUGCGAUUGUCAAGUCGCUUUCUUCUCGCGAUAAAGAUGCGAUCAAAGACAAGUUCAAAUCCUUCAACACAAGCUUUGAUGAUUUGGUUGCACGCCACAAGGCUCUCUACAUGGAGCGAGAGGUGCGUAGCGUUCUUGCUCGCGAAGUCCAGGCAGUCCUUGAGCCCUUAUACGCACGGUUUUAUGACCGUUAUCACGAACUUGACAAAGGUCGAGGCAAAUACACCAAAUACGACAAGGGAAGCCUGUCUGCACAACUCGCGGCGCUGCAAUAA